UAAACUAUUCUGUUCCCAGGAGGUUGCCAUGUGGCCAGCCAUGCCCAAUUGCCCAACAAUAUACGGUGUGGCUCUGCCCUCCACCCCAGCCGGGGAAGGGUUGUCCCCCGUGGUCACGUGUUGCCCCCCUAGCAGUCUACCCCAGGGGGCACCCUUGUGGGCAGCCCCACAAUCUGACGGGCAGUUGCCUUUGGUGGGCCUCAUUGGGGUUACUUGAUACAUGGCCUACUAUCUUCCCAGCCGAUCCCAAACAUCACCCUCUUCUCACCACCUCUCACAGGAACUAGCCAGCUUACGCCGUAUGUCUCCUGUCUUUGAUGGGUCCAUGGUCCACAAAGCCAACCACUGACCCCAAACUUCUGUUUUCAUCUUACCUUGGCUUGGUAGUGGACAGAAGCCUUUGGCCAUGGUUGAAUUCUAGUCAGCACUUCGGAUUCUGGGCCUGAGCCAUAACAUAGAUCAUCUUUCUCAAGGCUCAGAAGUUUCAUGUAGAACAUCAGAGAACCUCAGCUUCAAAGUGCAACAGGGAUCCUCAGUCAUCAAACACGCAAAACCUGGGCUGAAUAGAAGUGUCAGCUGUAAUGUUUAUUGGAGAACAUUGGCUCUCUCAAACAACCUUGGAAACAGUCAAGAUUUGUUUAUGCUAGGUCAUCAGGAUAAGCAUGUUGACUUGCUGACAGCAUAAACCUUCCAUCUUUUUACACAAUACUUCACUUGGCAAACAAAUUGGACUUCAUCUGAUACAUUGUGUGGAUGUGUUUGGUGAUACACACAAUGCCUGCUGUUAUAUUUGAAGUCAACACCUCUCAUUCAGAUAGUGUGAUAUGUCUUCACAUUAUUCCUGAAUUAUUUUGUUACUGAAAUAAUUAUGAAUUGUGCAACUUCUACAAGCAUAAGUUUGUAGUGGGUCUUAUCAUAUGCACCCGAAACAUUUGUGCAUUAUAUCAACCUCAAGCAACAUUAGUGCUGUUUCCGUACCAGUGCUUAGAUGUCUUCAGAUAGGGUAUUCCCAUUCAGGAAUGCCUUUGUAUUGUCAGUGGAAGAUCUUUAUUGUAUGUUCAAAAUCAUACAUCUGUAAAGGAUGUGCGAGUGAAUACUUACUCGUUACCAUGCUGCAGUUGUACGCCAGUCCUCCUGUUGUGCAAGCACCAGAAAGGACAUCCAUUAAGGAAAAUCUCAGCAUUUUACAUCUUCCUACACAUACAAGUCUUCAGAACCAGUUGGGUGUGGAGUGUGAAGUGAUGAUGAGUGAUGUUAGCCCAUGUGAUGUGCACAUGGUGCCAUUUUGCCUGGACUUCAGCAGCUAACAGUGCCCAGUGGUGGUAGCUGCAAGUCCAGGCAGUUUAGUGCACUUUCUGAUGCCCAUGACAGGUGCUAUUCAAGAGUCUGCAGGAGCCUCGGGGACUGCUUGCCGAGUCUCCCCCCCCAACGUUAUCCAUCUCGCCUGGCCGGCUUGCUGUGGCAGAAGACAGUUCAGCCCUGGAGUGUUUCAUCAGCUAACUAGGAUCCCUGCCAUUGUGGCAGCACCCCUUCAGCCACAUUCAACACCCCAUCUCGUCCAGUUCUGACACACCACCUGUUCCUUUCAGAGUGGUGUGAGCUCUGCUCCCCUCACUUUAGUGUGGAGUGCUGAUUUCUACCACACUUUCAGGAUGUACAGAAAACAUAUACCAAUGAAGUAGAAGACACCUUAAAAGCCACUGUACACCAUACUUUGGCAGUCUGUUUUCAGUAUAUGGUAAUCUUCAGGAUGUCUGAAAGAUAUAGUCGUCCACGCACUCCCCCUGGUCCACCUCCUGCCCAAGGGUCUCGAAAACUGUCUUCUCGAGGACCUUCAUCUUCUGCCACACCCUCCAAGUCUGUGCCUCCAAAGUCUUAUGAAGAAAGACCAUAUGAUAAAUAUAACAAGUCGUACACUAAGCCUUCUUCCUACCCAUCCUCCAAGCCAUAUGCAAAUGACAAAUAUAAAAGUGCUACAGUGAGGAAAGUCAGUGAUAAAGUGGCAAGUAGUAAGUUUAUGGGUAAAAGUGAUGUGUAUGCUAGUGAUAUAUACAAGUCCAGAGAUAUUGGUUACUCCAGUGAUAGGUUUAGUGAAAAAGACAAUGUUUAUGUGAGCAGUUACCCUGAAAAAGGGCGGUAUACUGAAAAAUACCCUGCAGGUGCUCCGUAUACUGACAAAUUUUCCGGAAAGAAAUUUGCUGAUGAUUUUGAUACCUAUCCAGAAAAGGCAAGUAGAUAUCCCAGACAUGAAAAUGCCUAUUACAGUGGCUCUGUAAGCUCAUACAGUGCUUACACCUCUUACGAUGCUUAUAACUCGUAUGGUGGUGACAGGCAUGGUGCUGGGAGUUAUAGUGCAGACAAGCAUGGAAUUGGAGUGGGAAGUUAUGGCAAUAAAUAUGGAGGAAGGGGAGGAAUGGGUGGAUAUGGAGGAGAAAAGCUUGGAGGGCCUGGUUAUGGAGGGGACAAAUUAGGCAGAGGUGGAGGUAGUUAUGGUGGGGAGAAGCACAGUGGUGGGGGAAGUACCUACCCAAGGGACAAGCUCAACACUCUUGGCUAUGAUGGGAAACCUGGAACAAGGCCAAGGAUCUACCCAGAGGAUGAUCGCCGACCUUAUCAAGAAUAUGCAACUCAAAGCACUGGCAGAUCACCUUUACGAGGCACCAGUGGGAGUUAUGGAGACUAUGACCGGUACUCUACUGCCCAACGCUCUCCUGAGCGUCAGUAUUUAGACAGGUAUGUGAUCGGAGACAGUGUUGUGUAUGGUCCGCCAGGACAAUACCCACGUGACCUACGUCCAACCUCACCCCAUGCAAGACCACCAUCACCGCCAUCCCCACAACCUUUGGUCACUCGCAGCUAUCCCAGUUAUACCUCGACAAGUCCCAGAAGAUAUGCAUCAAACAGUAAAAGGAGCCCAACACUCCAGGCCACUGUCUCCAGACAGUACCGUUCCCCAUCACCCUUGCGACGUGUAACUUCUCCUCGACGGCCCCCAUCCCCUCCUAGCAGAAGACCCCCCUCUCCAAGGAGUCCGUAUCUCAGAGGGCAGAGAAGUAGCAGAGAGCGAAGCUUUGAGGGUACCAGAUCAAAAGAGAGGUACAGCAGCAAAGCGAGUAUUUCAGGCACAGCCAGGAGUCUCAGUCGAGAUAAUAGAAGUGUUGCUAACAGAAGGGGCAAUGAUAGGAGCAAAGGUGACAGGGAUAAGAGAAAAGAAUCAGACAGAAGGCUUGGCUCACGUGAGCGAACUCAUGAUACAGAAUCUGCAAAGCGACUAAGAUCUGGAGAACGUGAAUCUGAGUAUCGUAAUAGUGAUGUCAGGAACUGGGGUAAGGAUGGCAAUCACUCCAGCUCUAGCCAAACACUCCCAAAAAAUCGGCCGCGAGAUGAAAGGCACCUCCGCUCACCCAUUGGACGCAGUGCUCGUGGGGAUGGUUCCAGGGAGAGAAGAAGAGAAGGAAGCAGAGAUAAGGAUAAGAACAGAAGAAUUGAAGACAGGUUGGGACCUUCACCUGUUACUCAGACCACAAGAAGAAGUCCACUAGCAAGACCCAGAGUGCCUCGUAGACCUGUCUCACCCCGAGAUAAGAAAAGGAGCAGACGUCCAGAUGAUCUAAGACUUUGGAUUGAAUCUCGUAAGUCUGAAGGAAGUAAGCGUCCACUGUCACCCGGUAGGUCACGUCUUCUUGCUAGAAGAACUGCGAGAUCAAGUGAUAGAUCAACCUUGGUUAAAAGAUCUCGGUUGGGUGAUCCCAAGAAAAGGUUGGGAGGGUACAAGGCUCGGAGAAGAGCCCUACCACUCAAGAGAAACAAAAUAUUAAAGAAAUAUCAGCGUUUAACAGUGAAGCGGGGGCCUAGAAGUGGGGGAGGUACCGGUGGAGGGAGAGCUGGUAACAGAUCCAAUAAAGAUAGUGGCGGAAGUCGUGCUGAAGUGAAAGCUGAAGGUGGUGGUGAUGAAGCAAGUAAACCAGGAAGCACAGGAACAAUCCGUAGGGUUAUUAAGAUGCCGACUUAUGUAAGCAUGGUCAAUCGUUUAGCUCUUAAACCACGGGUCAUUAGGAAACCUGCACAAAAAUUAUUGAGAGAUCCCAAGGAAGUAGACACAACAAACAAGGAGAAACCAGUAAUGCAGUCUUCCAAAGAAGAAUCUUCGCCGAAAGAUGAGAAACCCUCAAACAUCACUUCUGAGCCAAGUAAACGAGCUGCACGAUCCUAGAAAUGUUGGAUUGCUAAUAGUCAAGCUAUUUUGAAUUUGGCUCUUUUAAUUCAAUCUGCUUUUGACACUACAUGUACAUGGCAGUGACACGAGAUCAAAUAUGCUAAUGAUCAUAGUGUAUGGGUUAUCUUGUCAACAACCUGUAAUGUUACGUCAUUUUGAAGAAAUUAAGGAAAGUACAUUUGUGUUUAUAGAUUCUUUAUGUUGAGUGCCAGUCUUUAUGCCUUAAGAGUGUAAUUCGUGAUCAAAGUUGCAUCAUGGCAAGUGAACUGUGAUUGAGGUUGUAUGAGAAGAGUACCAGUGUUGUGCGCAUGUUUUGGUAAUGUUAAAUUUACCCGAGUGAAAGAUCAAGAGAUUGUUAAAAUGUCUUUAGCUAUAAUAGCUUCUGGUGAUAGCUGUGCUUUGCCACCUUUGUAACCAUGAACAUUUGUGUAUACCAAUAAUGACCUAAGACCAUGAAGUGAAUGAAUGUUGCAGCUAGUAGCAUCAUCACAGCCAAGGUCAGGAAGGACUGGUAGUGUAGUUAUUGUAGUAAUCCCAGAUACCCAUAUGCUGUGAGAGCCAUUAAGAUAGUUGUAUAAUUAGUUACUUAAGUGUGCCUUUCGUCACAGUGUUAUACCAUAUAUAACUGAAGUUAUGUAUUAAGAUUUUUUUUUUUUUUUUUUUUUUUUUUUUUGUAAGAACUGAUUGGUGGUAUUUACUAGUUUUAAAUCUGGCCUUAGAAUAGAUUUUAACUAUAAAUACUGUAUAUUUAAUGCAAAAUUAUAAAAUGUUAUGGUAAAAAUUAAAAAUGAAAACCUA